CCGGCCCCCGGACGCACCGCGAGAGUUGCUUCGAGAGCAGGGUGCGCUACUAACCUUUCGUCCGAUGACGGAACCGGUCGAUCUAGGGCGGCUGCCGGCGGAUUGGCUCCGGGUGAAGGGCCAGAUGUUGAGGUUGAUGGUGAGGUCAGCGCUGCUCUUGCGUUCCUUCUUCCUCGCGUUCUUUUCCUGGUCUUUUACCCCUGGUUUCUUUUCCGGCAUCACUUUGAAUAAGUCUUUCCAUCGCCGGGAAAGGGAGGAGGAGGUUGAAGAGGAGGAGAAUAGGAUGGAAGAUGGCGAGGGGGAGGGGGCCGUUGGAGGGGAGGGAGGUUGGGCAGGGGUGUCGGAAGAAGUGAGGGAAAGAUGUUGGAGGGGGAGGAGAACGCCGUUGAGGAAGAGUUCGUCGGCGGUGAGGAGGUCUGGCGGCGGGAAGGAGGGAUUGCGGACCAUCCAGAACUCGAACUCAGGGGAGGAAGAAGGGCUGGUGGAGCUGCGAUGCCUUGUUGCUUCCACUUCCAUUUUGUUUUCUCUCUCUCUUUCUUUGAAGGAAGGCGGGGUUGGAGCAGGGGAAGUGGUUCUGCUGUAGCUGCGGCCGGUGGAGGUCUAGUUACAAUUUUUGGUACGAAUAUGGCGAAGGUGGGGUUGUGGAUGAAUGAUGGGAGAGUGUAACGAGAUAAUGGUGUCACCUGGCAGGCACGUGGGAGAGAGGGUUUAGGGUAUGUAAAAAGGAGCCGAUAAAUGGUGGAUUGAAUUUCGCAAAAGAGGGAGAAGCCGACGCUUUUUUUUGCUGGUGGUCUCGAUUCUCGGUGGCUUUUCGGCAGGUAGGAAGAAAAAGGGGAGUUGAUGUUGGCUCACAAGUAUUGAAUGUCCACAGGAGGCGUUAAAGAUAAGAGCAAGGAGUUGGGACCGUAUAUGAGUGGGUGCAAUCUGGAUUAACAUAAAAUAUAAAAGGGUUUUGUUUUUAGGAAAUUUGAGGGCCUGGACCGCUAUUAAGAUGGAGAAAAAAAACUAUUUACAUAAUAUUGAACUUAUAAUAAAUACAGUGUACCAACUACUGGGUGGAUCGGGUUGGCCUAUCAUAUUCAUUUGCUGAAGUUCCUGUCGAAGUGUUAGCUUUCAUGUAUUGGCUCCCGGCAUAUUCAACAAAGUGUCAGCAGUCAUGCAUUAACUAUUUGGUUGAUUUCCCAGACUGUCGAAGUUGUUUUAAUCAACUGUGUAUUGGCUGCUGAAUACUCAGUGUCAAGUUGAUUAGCCAAGAUAAACCCAUGAGC